UAAUUCCAGAAUUUGAUCUCUCUCUCUCUCUCUCUCGCUCUCUCUCUCUCUCUCGCUCUGGCUUGCUGUUGGUGAAAGAAUGAUGCUACUUCAAGUAGCUCUUGCUCUGGUUUUUGGCCUUCUUCUUCUCUGUUGUGGUUUGUUGAGAUGGAAUGAAGUAAAACAUAGGAAGAAGGGUCUUCCUCCAGGAACAAUGGGGUGGCCUCUGUUUGGGGAGACCACUGAGUUCCUCAAGCAAGGACCAGAUUUCAUGAAGAAACAGAGAGCAAGGUAUGGAAACUUGUUCAAAUCACAUAUACUUGGAUGUCCGACUGUAGUCUGCAUGGAUCUGGAGAUCAACAGAUACAUCCUAAUGAAUGAAAGCAAAGGACUUGUACCUGGAUACCCAAAAUCUAUGCUGGAUAUUUUAGGGGAAUGUAACAUUGCUGCUGUUACUGGUCCUCUUCACAAGUCUAUGAGGAAUGCCAUGCUUGGUCUCAUCAAUCCUUCCAUGCUGAGAGAACACCUUCUUCCUAUAAUUGAUGAAUUCAUGAGGUCACAUCUUAGUAAUUGGAAUGAUAAAGUUAUUGAUAUCCAGGAGAAAACAAAAGAGAUGGCACUGUACUCAGCUCUGAAACAGAUUGCUGGCAUUGAAAAUGGACUCGUUUCUGAAGCCCUCAAAAUUGAGGUAUUUCAGCUUGUUCUGGGAACUCUAUCAUUGCCCAUCAAUCUUCCUGGAACAAAUUAUCGGCGCGCUUUUCAGGCAAGAAGGAAGAUUGUUGAAAUUUUAAAGGAGAUAAUUGCCAAGAGGAUGACUUCUGAGUGCUCCCAGAUUGACAUGCUUGAUCUUCUACUCAAGAGUGAUGAUAGUAUGAAAUCUAAACUUACUGAAGAACAAAUCAUAGAUUUAAUCAUUGCUCUUAUUUAUUCGGGCUAUGAAACGGUCUCUACAACUACGAUGAUGGCUGUCAAAUUCCUCCAUGACCACCCAAAAGCUCUUCAAGAACUCCGAAAUGAGCAUUUUGAGAUUAGGAAAGGGAAGUCAGCUGAGGAAGGAAUAGACUGGAAUGAUUACAAAUCAAUGGUUUUCACUCGCGCUGUUGUUUUUGAGACAUUGAGAUUGGCCACAGUUGUUAAUGGUGUUUUGAGAAAAACAACUCAAGAUAUAGAAAUAAAAGGAUUUGUAAUUCCAAAAGGAUGGAGAAUAUAUGUUUACACCAGAGAGAUCAACUAUGAUCCACACUUGUAUCACGAGCCGUUGGUCUUCAAUCCAUGGAGAUGGAUGGACAAAAGCCUAGAUUCUCACCAGUAUUUCAUGCUGUUUGGGGGAGGCAGUAGACUGUGCCCUGGGAAGGAGUUGGGAACAGUUGAGAUUGCUACAUUCCUUCACUAUUUUGUCACCAGAUACAGAUGGGAGGAAGUUGGAGUAGCAACAAUGCAUAAAUUUCCAAGAGUGGAAGCACCGAAUGGAUUACAUAUUCGUGUUAAGAGUUACCAAGCUUAGUAGUUCAGCAUCAUAUAUACAGAUAGAUAGAUGUAAUUUCACUAACACAUCUUGAUUGGAAUAUAUGCAUUUUUAUUGUUUGUUUUUUGUGGUUCUUUUUGAGGAGGUGGUGUUCAUUGUAAGGCUUGUAAAGCUGGUUUUCAGAUAAGAAGAGGAAGUCAUAUAUAUAUUACAUGUUUACUGACAAGCAA